AUGCUUCAGAUGAGGCUAGGUCCCAGCCUACCAGCGCUUGAGGAAAUCCCUGAGGGAUGUAGGAAUGAAUUGGUGGGGUGGAACUUACAGCCUAAACGAGUGGCUGAGCUGUUGAUGGAGUUGUUGUCUGAAGGGUUGGAUGGUAAGCCUGCCCCAGCGGCUCUUGAGAUCAACAUUGGCGAUAUGCUUCAGAUCAUGUCCAAUGAUCAAUACAGAAGAGGAGACCGUGAAGCGUUGGCAAAUCCUCUCCUUGGACCAAGAGUUUCUAUUGCAAAUUUGUUCACAAAAGAGUUGGAUGGCAAAUCUUUGAAGAAUUUCUAUAAGCUAUGA